UUUUUCUAUAACAAAAUAUAUAAAAGAUAAUUUAAGCUUAAUGGAUAAUUCAUUAAUUUUGCCGAUCGCCUUGUAAAAUUGCAUUUUUUUAAUUUUAUUAAAUUUUAUUGAUUUCUUUAUUUUUUGUUUUAUUAUUAUUAUUAUUAUUAUUAGUAUUAUUAUUAGUAUUAUUAUUAUACGAGUUAGACAAUUGGUCGAACGAAUAAUCACGUGUUGUAAUGUGUUUAACCAGCGUUAUAAAUUAAAACUAGCAUUUUCAAAUCAUGCCGGAUAUUAAAAACGUUAUAGAAUUGCUAUGUAAACAUUUGAAUUUAUCAAUUAAAGUGGCAAUUCAACCGGAAUAUUUUAGGUUAUCUAAAUAUAAUAAUACAACGCAAAAAUCUGAUACAUUAUGGACAAUGUUACACAUAUUAAGUUUUUAUGCGGCGAAAGAAAAACAAAAUGACAUAUACUUUGAGGAAUAUGAUAAAUUAUCUGCUACAAAAUUAUAUUUUGCUUUUUUACAAUAUCCAGAAAUUGAAUUUUAUGGUUUAUCAGAAAGCAGCCAUAACAAUAGAGUACUUCUAUUAGCAUUUGCAUGGCUUUUAGCGACACAAAAUGUUUUGAGUAUUGUAGUACGUGUCAAUUUGACAUCUAGUCUUUUAGGAAGAGAAUGUUCAUGCCCUAAUAUAUCUUUGAAAGAAGUAUCUAGAGUAGAAACGUCAUGCUCUGUACAUACACAAAUAAAAAAUAUUAUCCAUCACAAUAGUAAAGUAAAUUUUAAUAUUAAACAUAUAUCUGAAUUAAUUUGCAAAAAAGUAAAAUUGUUAAAUAAAGUUCAUGGUGCUAGCAUGAAUUUUGAUCAUCUUGUACAUAUGAAUGUAAUGGAAAUCGCAUUUAUAAAACAAUUAUUAGCCUUACAUACAGAUUCAAAUUUUAAUCAAUAUAAACAACAACAGUCAGAUUUGCGUGCUAUUGGUGUGAUGUUGGAUAUACACUUAAAAUGGAUGGAAAAAGAACAUCUAUUUUAUGAUUGGAUGAUAACUGUGAUCAAGGAAUAUGAGAAAUCUGUAGAUAUUAAUAUAAAUAGAAUAAGUUGGGAUGAAAUCGGUAGGUUCAUUUCUUUGUUAGAACAGAUCAUAAAAAAGAAAUUAUAUUCCGUUUGCUCAGAAAAAACAGAAGACAGGCUGGAAUGUUAUAACACUUUCCAAUGUACAUCUCGUUUAUUAAGAACAUCCGAUGUCAAAUGCGAAGUUAAUAAAUGGUUAAUGGAUGUAACCAUUCAACUGAAUCAAGUAAAAGAAACACUUGCAAAAAAUAAAGAAGAACUCGCAUUACAAUUGAAAAAUAUAUUAAUGAUUGUGCCAUUGUGUAUUCAAGUUUAAUACUGCUAUAGUAUUUUUUUAAGAAGUAUAUAUACAAUUAUAAUUUUUAAUGGAUUCUUAUAAAGAUACCAUGCAUCAAAUAGAUCUCAUUUAUAAGAAAAAAAUAUUAACAAAAACUAAAAAAAUCAAAUCCCCAUUUAGACUUGAUUAAUAUAUAUUAAACAAAAAUUUAUCUAAAUGUCACGAUGUGGGUGUUGUUAUCAGGUCAAUUACACCAAACGAUGAAAUAAAAACGUUGAGAACCGUGACGAGAAAUAUACCGAUAACGGUCCAGUUAUUAGCAGUAUCGGCUUUACACAUUUGCGCGUCAACUUUGACAUCGUAUCUACUAUUCCAAAUUAAUCCAAUUCCGACUAUAACUUGAAUGAGUAAACUGGAAGUAAUCAUUGUCAAUGAUGGAUAAUAAUAUGGAUGCCGACCGUCGGUUUGCAGAACAUAGCGCAAUUGAUUAGCGUUAGCUGAUAACAAUGCUAAAUCCAUCAUUCCUUGAGCAAGAGUUUUUUUAUGCUGGUAAAUGUUUACAUCUGGUAUCGGUUGAUUCGGUGGUUGAGGAAAAAAAGGAUGUUGUCCGCUAGGGUAAUUCGGUUGUCCAAAUGUUGUUUCUGGUAUAAGACCAUCAUCGAUACCUUUAUCGCCUGGUCGUGAAGGAAUGCCAGGUUCUAAAUCGUCUAUCUCUGGACCCGAAGUUGGCCGUGGAUUAUAAUUGUUGUCUGUUUCUAAAAGUGGACCGAACCGUGGUUCUACGCUUGGUAAUGGAUUUUCCAACCCGGCAGUUAAUGGUUGUAGACUCUCAUCCGGAAUUUCAUCCAUAUAUAAGAUUUCAUCGUGAUCACUGUUCGUUUGUUUAUUCAUUAUGAACACAAAUAAAAAACUGUAUUAAUUUUUUA